UUCUGAAAGCCGCCUCCGCGAGGUCUGCGCUUGCUGUGGCCAAGUGGAGUCCCGGUCGUAGCGCCGCUGCCGGGAGCGUCGGGCCGGGGGCUCGGGCUGCAGUGCAGGUUCACGAGCGCAGCGCCCGCAGUGACCUGGUGACCAUGGCGGAGCCGCAGCCCUUGGCUCUGCAGCUGGAACAGUUGUUGAAUCCGAGACCGCGGGAGGCGGAUCCUGAGGCCGACCCGGAGGAGGCCACUAGAGCCAGAGUGAUUGACAGGUUUGAUGAAGGGGAAGAGGAGGAAGAUGAUCUGGCAGUGAGUAGCAUUAGAAAAUUGGCACCAGUCUCCCUCUUGGACACCGACAAAAGGUAUUCUGGCAAGACCACUUCUAGGAAAGCUUGGAGAAAAGACCAUUGGGAGCAGGCUCUGCCAAGUUCAUCUGACAACGAGGCAUCUGAUGAAGAGGGACCUGAAGAUGGGGAUUCAGAGGGCCUGGAGGAGGUCUCAGAAGAUGUUGGUGAAGACUUAGAAGACAACGAAAUAUCUGAUGAAGGAGGAUCUGAAGAUGGGGAUUCAGAGGGCCCGGGCCUGGAAGAGAUCUCAGAAGAUGUUGAGGAAGACUUAGAAGGUGAAGAUGAGGAAGACAGAGAAGAAGACAUGAACAGUGAAGAUGACGGUGUGGUGACGACCUUCUCCAGUGUCAAAGUUUCUGAGGAAGUGGAAAAAGGAAGAGCUGUGAAGAAUCAGAUAGCAUUGUGGGACCAGCUCUUGGAAGGAAGGAUCAAACUACAAAAGGCUCUUUUGACUACCAAUCAGUUGCCUCAACCAGAUGUUUUCCCUGUCUUCAAGGACAAAGGUGGCCCAGAAUUUGCCAGUGCUCUGAAAAAUAGUCACAAAGCACUUAAAGCAUUGUUAAGGUCAUUGGUGGAUCUUCAGGAAGAGUUGCUUUUCCAGUACCCAGACACGAGACAUAUAGUAAAUGGGGCGAAACCUAAUACAGAGAGUGAGGAGAUUUCCAGUGAAGAUGAUGAGCUAGUGGGAGAGAAGAAGAAACAUCAAAAGGCCCCACCCAAGAGGAAGCUAGAGAUGGAGGACUAUCCCAGCUUCAUGGCAAAGCGCUCUGCUGACUUCACAAUCUACAGGAACCACACAUUACAGAAAUGGCAUGAUAAAACCAAGCUUGCCUCUGGAAAACUAGGCAAGGGUUUUGGUGCCUUUGAACGCUCGAUCUUGACUCAGAUUGAUCAUAUUAUGAUGGACAAAGAAAGAUUACUUCGGAGGACACAGACCAAGCGCUCUGCCUACCGAGUUCUUGGCAAACCUGAGCCAGUCCCUGAGCCUGUUACAGAGACUUUGCCAGGAGAACCGGAGAUCCUUCCUCAGGUCCCCGCCAAUGCUCACCUGAAGGACUUGGAUGAGGAGAUAUUUGAUGAUGAUGACUUUUACCACCAGCUCCUUCGAGAACUCAUAGAGCGGAAGACCAGCUCUUUGGAUCCAAAUGAUCAGGUGGCCAUGGGAAGGCAGUGGCUUGCAAUCCAGAAACUACGAAGCAAAAUUCGAAAGAAGGUAGAUAGAAAAGCCAGCAAAGGAAGGAAACUUCGGUUCCAUGUCCUUAGCAAGCUCCUGAGUUUCAUGGCACCUAUUGACCACACUACAAUGAGUGACGAUGCCAGGACGGAGUUGUUUCGAUCUCUUUUCGGGCAGUUCAACCAUUCUGAUGCAGACCGUGGGAAAUGACAGCAGCAUCCUCUUGGCCCGACCUCAGCCCAGGACCCACCUGCUGCCGCCAAUAAAAUGAUCAGAACUACAAUAAACCUUUUUUUAAAA